AUGAAUAUCUUCUCAAAUAUGUGGAAGUUCCAUAUAUUCAUCAAUAUUCUUCUGAUCUUUAUUAAUUCAAUAUCAGUAACUGCUUCCAAACAAUUGACAUUUUGUCCAACAGCAGCUUGGGAAGAAAAUGCAAUCACUUUUGCUAAUCAAUCAGUAUUUGGUAAAUAUCCUAUCGCCAUGUUUAUUAACACAAAUAAUGCAAUUUAUGUCGCUGAUGGAAAAGGAAGUCAGAUCUUGAUAUGGGAUGAAAAUAGCAUUAUGCCAACCAAGACAAUCUCAGGCGACUUCUCGAGUCCUAACUCUAUGUUUGUUACACAAAAUGGUGAUAUUUAUAUCGAUGAUGGCGAACAAAAUGGUCGAGUACAAAGAUGGAUUGCAAGUAACGAGACAUUUGUCACUAUUAUGAAUGUCAAUUCGCCAUGUUAUGGUCUCUUUGUUGAUACCAACAACAAUUUGUAUUGUUCGAUGAAUCUUACACAUCAAGUUGUGAAAAAGUCAUUAGAUGAUCCUGUGAUGGAACCAGUUCGUGUUGCUGGAACUGGUGAAAAAGGAUUUCAACCGAAUCAACUUAAUAGACCUUAUGGAAUAUUUGUUGACGUUAAUUUUGACUUAUAUGUGACUGAUUGUGGUAAUGAUCGAGUUCAGUUAUUUGUAUUAGGCGAAGCAAAUGGAAUCACAGUUGCUGAUGAAACUUCAGCAAGUCAAACAUUUCCACUCUAUUGUCCAAGAGCAGUUCUUUUAGAUGCUCAAAAAUAUUUGUUUAUUGCAGAUGCUGGAAAUGAUCGUAUUGUUGGUGAAGGAGCAUAUGGUUUUCGUUGUUUAGUUGGAUGUUAUGGGAGGGGUUCACAAAUGAACCAACUAAAUAGUCCGUAUUCUUUCACUUUCGAUCGUUUUGGCAACAUAUUUGUGGCUGAUACGGGCAAUAGUCGAAUUCAAAAGGUCCUGUUCGUGGAAAGUUCUUGUGGUAAGUUGAGAAUUCAAUAUUUUAAGUGA